GCGUUCUGUUUCCAGUUACUGUACUUGUACUGCUAAGAGAAGCUUUCCUUGCAUAGGCGAGAAGCUUGGAAAAGCUUACGAGUCCUCCCCCUCUGAGACAGGGGGCGCUGGAUCUGGGACGGUGAUGUGCGCAUGCCGGCUGAUCAGGACAGCCACCCGCAACCACCUUAAGAUGACGUCGAUUUCGAGAGACCAUGCAUGAAGACAUCUGACAGAGGAGGCAGCCCUUGUGCCUGUGAGAACUCAAAGUCCAUGCGAGUACGAUGUGUGAUAUUGGACGAGGUUACUGGAGCACGUGGAGACCGAAUACGUUCCUACCAAUCUCUAUCCCAGCACAAGUUUCUGCACCUUUAUCAGUUGCCACACGAAGUGCAGUACUGUAGAUAUAGCCUCUGUCUCACAAAUCCACUCUAUGCCCUCACCCCCCUUGUAUAUUUGCUUCUUUCCGGCCGUCUUUGAGUAGCAUUCAGGUUUCUGUCUCACAUCCUAGCGCUGUUGCUCAUCGAGAAACACAUGCACUUUACUAUUCACCAUGUGGCCCUUGUGUCAUCGAAUCGUGGCGCAAAAGCUUGAUAUCCCCAGCAUUUCUUUGGGGGUAGCCAGUGACAACAGAACAAGUCAAGCGCCGGGGAGAGCGAUGUGUCCCGCGAGGCACCUCCCGUCCGAACCUAGCUAUGCAUGGAGAUAGGUGCUGCCAGCUGAACACACAAGCUUUUAAGCUACUCUUGUACAAGGAUACUACUAUGACGCCGUCGUCGCCCUUCCGCUUGUGUUUGAGCAACGAUCAAGCUUUGUCUGGCAAGAGCAAGUCUCGAGGCUGUUGUGUGCACCUCCUUCCUUGUGUGCUCUCCAGCCAGACAUGCUCUUACCAGAGCUAACGCAGGGCAAGAUACUUAAGUAGGUAGUUGGCCCUCUCAUUCUUCUGUCUUCUCUUCUCUACUACUCAUCACUCACGGCAUCAUCACUCCCGACGACCUACUUCAUUGAUAUUCAAAGCUCCUCAAAACAAACAAGACAGUCAUAUUUCAUACCACCCACCCACUAUGUCUACCCUCCAAGGCUUGCAGAAGAUCAAGAUCGUUACCAACAAGCAAUACCAGAAGAAUGGUCUUAAAUCUUAUGUCUACCUCCUACAAAAAUGGGGUUUCCAACCAACCCAGCCAGGACCAUUUGUUCAGCUGAACAAGGCUUCCGAAUCCGGUCACCAAGGACUUCUCAGCAUACUCGGGAAGUCUGCAACUCCUCGUACCUUGGCAAAGAAGCCCGAUCCCUCUUCCACUCAGACUGGCGAGGUCCCGGCAGACGACCAGCAGAACGAUGCUCUCUACCUCUGCCCAGUCAAGAUCGGUAGCCCAGCUCAGACUCUUAUGCUUGACUUUGACACAGGUUCUGCAGAUCUGUGGGUUUGGUCUACCCAACUGCCAGCAACUACCCAGACUGCUGGCAAGAAGGCUGGUCAUGUUAUCUUUGAUAACACAAAAUCAUCCACCUUCAAGCCUACUUCUGGAUCCAGCUGGAAAAUCUCCUACGGCGAUAGCUCCUCCGCUUCUGGAACAGUCGGUACAGACAAUAUCAUUCUCGGUGGUUUGGAGGUCAAGGGACAAUCCAUUGAGCUCGCCAAGAAGAUUUCUGCUCAAUUCGCUUCGGGCGUUGGCGAUGGACUCCUAGGUCUUGCGUUUGGUGCGAUCAAUACCGUAAAACCGAAGGCUGUCAAGACCCCUGUUGAGAACAUGAUCGCCCAACAAGAUAUCCCCGAAUCUGCUGAGCUCUUCACUGCAAAGCUUGGCUCAUGGCGUGAUGCAAAUGAGCCCGAUAAGGGACAAGGUUUCUAUACCUUUGGUUAUAUCGACAAAGCUACUGUUACUGCUUCUGGGCAAGAGAUUUCGUACGCUCCUGUUGACAGCUCGCAAGGCUUCUGGACAAUCGAGUCUGCUUCUACAAUUGUGAAUGGCAAAACUAUUUCCCAAAGCGGGAACACGGCGAUCAUGGACACCGGAACUACUCUUGCUCUUGUCUCUGACGCUGUAUGUGAGGCGGUCUAUGGUGCUAUUGAAGGCGCAAAAUAUGAUCAGCAAAACCAGGGGUGGGUAUACCCAUCCACUACCACAAUCGAUCAACUUCCUGAUGUUUCGAUUGCCAUUGGCGACAAGCAAUUUAUCGUCCAAAAGGAAGAUCUUGGAUUUGCAGAUGCUGGUAACGGUACAGUGUACGGUGGUAUUCAGAGCAGAGGUGACAUGGACUUUGAUAUUCUCGGUGACACUGUCUUGAAGGGUAUCUACGCAAUCUUCGACCAAGGAAACAAACGAUUCGGCGCUGUUCAACGACCAGAGAAGUACCAGAACAUCACGCCUGCCCCCUAAAGGGACAGAAUGCUGUUGCAUUGACAAUGACAGACUAAAUGACUUCGGCAUGGUACGUUUGGAUUACAAGGUACAUGAUGGGAUGGAUUGCAGGGACUAAAUUGUAUUGUGCUUCGCUUAACCUCAAUAUUAUCAUAACAAUCAAUAUUGUUCUUG